AUGCGGAGAAGGUGUUGGUCAGCCGCGGUUGCGCUGCCAGACGCUCGUGUGUUUGUGCUCGGUGGUUGUGUAAAGUCCAGAGAGCUGUCCUCGGUGGAGAUGUGUCAGCUACGAGAACCAGCAGACUGGGAAGGACAAGAACAAUAUCAAGCAUCGGACGGUUUUUGGACGUUUGCUGCGCCCAUGCUAUCUGGACGUGACAACCACGCCGCAAUUGCAUUCAGAGACUGUCUUUUUGUGGCUGGCGGUACCGACGGAAGGACACUCAAUUUGGACUCGGUUGACGUCUUCUACCCGCCCGAUGACCGUACACCCUUUGGUCAGUGGACACGCCUCGCCAACCAAAACUUAACGUGGCAUGAUGUUUCUCUCGUUGUCUGGCAGGACAGGCUUUUUGCUUUCGGUAAGUCCCCGGAGACUGUGAACAAGGUCUAUCAUAUGAUUUUGCACAUUCUCGCGCGGUCUUUGUUGAUGUCCCCGCUUGAAUGUUUUUUUUUCUCAUUGAAAGUCAGAGUUCGAGGUAAGCGCUGGUAA